ACACAACACACACGCAAACGACGACCCUCAUCGCAACCACUGACACCAUCCAAACAGCUUUCCCUGCGACAGGUAUCUACGAGGAACGGCCAUCACCGGCCAUCUGAGCGCAUCAAUCGUUCAUCUGCCCACCACAGCAGCCAUGGCGUCCACCGGGGCGCGCACCGGCGAACGCGCUAUCCACCAGGACUACAUCGCGCGCAUUCGCUUCUCUAAUGCCCUACCGCCGCCGCCGACGCCUCCGAAGCUGCUCGAUAUCCCCAACACGGGACUCGCCAGUGGCCAGUACACGACGCCUGGCUUCGCGUCUCGCCUGGCCCGGGAGCAGCCGCUCAACAUCGAGGCCGACGCCGAGCUGGGCAUGCCGCUCAACCUCGUGGGCAUGCCUGGCGUUUUCGACGGCGACGAGAGAUCCAUUCAAGCCCCGGCUGUCGCACCGCCUGUCCACCCCAAUGACCGCCCGCUCCUGCGGCCCAUCGCCGCCCUCGGCAAGCACAAGGUCGCCGAGGCCAACGUAUCCUUCCUCCGCCGCACAGAAUACAUUUCAUCGAGCAAUUCCAAACAUCCCAAGAGCGAUAAUUCCCGGAUUGGCGUCACGGGCGCCCGGAGACCUGUCCGCCCUGCCCCCGAUGCCGCCGCCGAUUCCCCACAGGCCAUCAAGCGGAAGAUCGACCGCAGCUUCGAGAUCGCCGAGGCCGAUCUCAAAGAUACCAAGCGCGUCAAGCACCCGGCCAACAAGAAGGUCAAGCUCGUUGACGCGGUGCCUCUGUUGCCCGACCUGGACGCGUUCCCCGACUCGGGCGCCUACGUCACCAUCAAGUUCCUCACCAACCCCAUCACGAACGCGACCCAGUACGACACACGACUCCUGAGCGGCCUCUUCCGUCCGAUAGACCGCACGCCCGCCGAGGAGGAACUGUUCGAGAUGGCCCUUGCCGCCUAUGAGGAGGAUCCCACCGUCAACCCGAAGCCGCAGAACCUCAUGAACUACGACUUCUACCUCACACCGACCAAGGACGUGGCCAAGAACUUCCGCCGCAAAUUCGACCUUGAUGAUCCUGAACACGAUAGCGACAGCCUGUACACGCACGGUACCGCCAACGGCCGCGGCCACUUUACGUUCAGCCGAGUCAGGGCCUACGAGACAUCUCAAGAGACGGAGCUGGACCACCCGACAAAGUAUGAAGACGAGAUAAUCCUCGCUUCCAACGAUGACGACACGUAUCCCAAGCAGAAAGCCGUCUACUACUACCCCAUCAUGCAGCGCUCCUCCAUCCGGCCCCAGCGCACCAAGCGCCUCGCCCGCACUGCCGGCAUGUCCCAGGGCGACGAGGAGGAGCAAGUCAUUGACGAAAUCGAAGUCACCGUUCAGGACCCUAGCAAUCGCAUGCUCGACGCCAUGCGCAAGUACAAGGAGCGGCCACUUGGCUGGGACCAGGGAGCCGAUGAGGAGGAGGGCGAGGAGGAGCAGACGCAGACACAGACGCAGGAUGCGGAUGCUGAUGCUGAUGCCGACGCUGAUGCCGACGAGAGGCAAGACAGUGAUGGUGAGCGACGUCGCCGCCGCCACCGUGAGAGUAGCGACGCCGAUCGGUCAGAUGCCCGGUCACCGCGGGAUCGAGAGGGCGAGGGCGAGGAGGAAGAAGACGAAGACGAAGAGUAGCUUGGAGUGCAAGGGGCAGCAGCACGGCCAUCUCAUCUAGUCGGAAGGUUACCGACGGCACAGCGCUGGUGCAAAAGUCCCAAGACAGAGAGCUCGCGCAAAACAUGAUUUCAAGGCGGAAGGGGUAUUAUAUUGUAUGCUUUACAUGUCCGAUGUUACAAAAUCGCAAUCAAGCCAACUCUGUUCUACAAGCCGCCCAGGG